AGCUGAAGGCUCGCACACUAAAUCUCACAGCAAAUCCCUUUAGCUGCAAGUUGACAUGGCUUGACUGAUCUCUGUGGGAAGUUUCAGGAAAUGCAACAGGUGGAAAGCUGAGGGAAUCAACCACAGACUCUUCCCUCGCUUAGCGUCCACGGCUAGCUGCUGUGUGGGAGCACUUGAAGGUGCCUGUGGGAGUCAGACGGGAAACUACUGCGCACUCCCACACACGGUGUUCAUUGAAUAGCCGCAGGUCAGGUGGCACCAUGGAUGACAACAACUCAAAUGUAAAGGUCGCUGUCCGCGUGCGACCCAUGAACAGGAGAGAAAAAGACCUGAAAACAAAAAGUGUGGUGGAGAUGGAGGGCAACCAGACUGUUCUGUUUCCAGCCAUCACCAAUGUGAGCAAAGCAGAUCCCCGGAACCAACCAAAGGUUUUUGCCUACGACUACUGUUUCUGGUCUAUGGAUGAAUCCCAGAAAGACAAGUUUGCAGGUCAGGAUGUGGUUUUCCAGUGCCUUGGGGAGAGUCUGCUGGACAAUGCCUUCAUGGGCUACAACGCCUGCAUCUUUGCUUACGGACAAACAGGUUCUGGGAAGUCGUACACUAUGAUGGGCUCGGCGGAGCAGCCCGGUCUCAUCCCUCGGCUCUGCAGCUCCCUGUUUAGCAGAACGGUGCAGGAGGCCCGCGAGGGAGAGACCUUCACUGUGGAGGUCUCUUACAUGGAGAUUUACAACGAGAAGGUCCGAGAUCUGCUCGACCCUAAAGGGAGUCGACUAUCUCUGAGAGUAAGAGAACACAAAGUUUUGGGGCCUUAUGUUGAUGGUCUGUCUCGCCUAGCUGUGGCCAGCUACAAGGACAUAGAGUCUCUGAUGUCAGAGGGAAAUAAAUCUCGCACCGUUGCAGCUACAAACAUGAACGAAGAGAGCAGCAGAUCUCACGCUGUGUUCAACAUCAUCCUCACACACACACUCAUGGACCUGCAGUCUGGAACGAGUGGAGAGAAGGUGAGCAAGUUGAGCCUGGUGGAUCUUGCUGGAAGCGAGCGAGCAGCAAAGACUGGAGCAGCAGGGGAGAGGCUGAAAGAAGGCAGUAAUAUCAACAAGUCUCUCAGCACUCUGGGGUUGGUUAUCUCGGCCCUGGCUGAUCAGGGAGCAGGGAAGAACAAGAGCAAGUUUGUUCCCUACAGAGACUCUGUGCUUACCUGGCUGCUCAAGGACAGUCUUGGAGGGAACAGCCGGACCGCCAUGGUUGCCACCAUCAGCCCAGCAGCAGACAACUACGACGAGACGCUGUCCACUUUGCGUUACGCCGACAGGGCCAAGAACAUUAUUAACCAUGCCGUGGUGAAUGAAGACCCCAACGCCAGGAUCAUCCGCGAGCUCCGAGAGGAGGUGGAGAAACUGAGGGAGCAGCUCACUGAGGCUGAGUCCAUGAAGGCUCCAGAGCUGAAGGAGCGACUGGAAGAGUCUGAGAAGCUGGUCCAGGAGAUGACGGUGACCUGGGAGGAGAAACUCAGGAAGACGGAGGCGAUCGCACAGGAGCGACAGAAGCAGCUGGAGAGCCUGGGCAUCUCUCUCCAGUCAUCUGGCAUCAGAGUGGUGGAGGACAAGUUUUUCUUGGUCAACCUCAAUGCUGACCCUGCCCUCAAUGAGCUGCUGGUCUACUACCUCAAAGAACACACUCGUGUGGGCUCAGCCAACUCUCAAGACAUCCAGCUGUGUGGGAUGGCCAUCCAGGCGAAGCACUGUGUCAUCGACAUCGCUGAGAACAGUAGUGUGGUGCUUACUCCUCACCGCAACGCGAGAACUUGUGUAAAUGGUGUUGUGGUCACCAGUCCAGUUCAGCUCCAACAUGGAGACAGAAUCCUGUGGGGAAACAACCACUUCUUCAGGAUCAACCUACCCAGGCAUAUGGCCCAUGCAGGGGGUGAGGAUGAGGACAGCAGGGCUGUGAUGAGGACUUGUUUGAGCACCGACCAGCUGGAGGUAGAUUUGGACACAUCGAGUGACGUGUCGAGCGAGCUGAACUUCGGCUAUGAGUUUGCACAGACUGAGGUCAUGAUGAAAGGCAUGGGCACAAACGACCCCCUGCAGUCAGUGCUGCAGACUCUGGAGAGGCAGCACGAGGAGGAGAAGCGCUGCGCCCUGGAGCGCCAGAGGCUGAUGUACGAGCAGGAGCUACAGCAGCUCCGCCAGCGACUCAGCCCCGAGAAGCCCUCCCACCUUCUGGACACAUCCAGCCUCUCAGUCGGCGCCGCCACCACCAGCGUAACCUCACCCGGUUCUCACAAACGCCUGCGGCGCUGGAGCGAGGACAGAGAAGCCAUGAUGACCCGCAGCCUGAGGCGUCUUCGGGAACAGGUUGUCCGGGCGAAACUCUUGGCCCAGGAGGCCAGCUUUAUUGCUGAGGAGCUCAACAAGAGGACGGAGUAUCUGGUCACUUUGCAGAUACCUUCAGCCAACCUGGAUGCUAACAGGAAGCGUGAUGCAGUUCUGAGUGAACCGGCCAUCCAGGUCCGUCGUAAAGGGAAAGGGAAGCAGAUCUGGGCUCUGGAAAAGAUGGAGAACCGGGUGGUGGACAUGAGGGAACUCUACCAAGAGUGGAAAGACUUUGAUGAGGAUAAUCCUGUGAUGCGGUCGUAUUUCAAACGUGCUGACCCCUUCUUUGACGAGCAGGAGAAUCACAGUCUGAUCGGCGUAGCCAACGUUUUCCUGGCCUGCUUGUUCUAUGAUGUCAAACUGCAGUAUGCAGUGCCCAUCAUCAACCAAAAGGGGGAGGUGGCAGGUCGGUUGCACGUGGAGGUAUGGCGAGGCACCGAGAACUCUGAAGAUGAAGGUGCAGGACAGGCUGGCACUCAGCUGAGCAUCAUGGAUGGAGAUCCUCAAGAGCGCAAACUGGACUGUGUGGUGAAAAUCCUUCAAGCCACUGGUCUUCCUCGCCACCUCUCCAACUUCGUCUUCUGUCAGUACCACUUCUGGGGGCAGGAGGAGCCCGUGUUCACCGCUCCGGAGAUGGAGCCGUCCAGCUCGUCAUCUGCCUCCAGAGACCCUGAGUGUUCUGUGGUCUUCGACAGCGCCAAGGAGUUGUCUGUUCCGGUAUCGGAGGACUUUGUGGAGUUUCUGGCUGAAGGGGCGGUAGCUAUCGAAGUUUACGGACACAAGCAGGCCAACCACCGCAGGAACCUGGCCCUGUGGGACCUGGGAGUAAUUCAAGCCAAGACCAGAUCCCUCAGAGAGAGGUGGAGUGAGGUGACCCGGCGGCUGGAGCUGUGGGUGCAGCUAAUGGAGCUGAACGAGGCAGGAGAGUUUACAGCUGUAGAAGUUCUUCCUGCCAAGGAUGUCCGCACGGGAGGAGUCUUCCAGCUCCGACAAGGUCAGUCGCGUCGGGUCCGGGUGGAGGUGCGUUCAGUGCCGGACUCGGGCACCAUGCCCCUCAUCACAGCCUCAAUCCUGUCCGUGUCCAUCGGGGAUGUAAAGGUUCGACAGAUCCAUCUCUCCAAAAAUAACCCACAUUUGGAAAGUGGUGAAGAAAUGGACAGUUAUCAAGAGGUGGACCUGGAGAGGAUGAGGGAACAGUGGCUGGUCACACUGACUCAGAGGCAAGAGUAUCUGGACCAGCAGCUGCAGAAGAUCGUCUCCAAACCAGACAGGUCAGAGGAUGAUGUUGAAAGGGAAUCCCAGCUGCUGGAGUGUCGUCUGACCCUCACAGAGGAGCGAAACGCUGUCCUGGUGCCGUCGGCUGGAAGUGGCAUCCCCGGAGCGCCAGUAGAGAGGGUUCCUGUCCCUGGAAUGGAAACACACAUUCCCGUCCUGUUCCUGGAUCUCAGUGCUGAUGAUUUCCAGUCCAGUCUGUCAGCCCCGCUGGCUGGGGGCCUCGAUGCUCUGCUCAGCGGGGAAGAUGAUGACGAUUUCUUUGAACUUCAUAUAGUUAAGCACUAUAAUCCAGAGGUGAAGGUGGAGGCCUCAUGGGACUCCACAGUCCACGAGUGCCCCCAGCUGAGCCGCUUGACGUCAGCCAACCAGAGGGUGUACCUGACGGUCUGCACCAUGGUGCAGCUGAGCCACCCGGCCCACAUGCAGCUGGUCCUCAGGAAACGCAUCUGUGUCAACGUCACAGGGAGGCAGGGUUUCGCUCAGAGCCUCCUGAAGAGGAUGUCUCAGCGCAGCACCAUCCCCGGCUGUGGAGUCAUGUUUGAAGUCGUUUCUAACAUCCCAGGUGACAUCCAUGGUCCAGAGGACAGGGAGAUGCUGGCCAGGCUGGCUGCCAGUGCUGAGGGUCAGUCAGCCGGCAGCGAGGAAGCCAUAGAGAAAUACCUCCGCAGCGUCCUGGCUGUGGAGAACAUCCUCACUCUGGACCGGCUCAGACAGGAGGUGGCUGUGAGGGAGCAGCUGGCAGUGAAAGGGAAAGCUGUCAGGCGCUGCAUGAGCUCUCCAAACAUCAACCAGAUAUCAGGCAGCAGUCUAGAUCUCUUCUCAGAUCGUGGUAACUUCAAGGAGAACCAUCAGGACCUUUCUGUGGCACCCCCUCCAGCCAGGUGCACUCUGCCCAGCUCUGUGUCCCAGAACCUGAACCCAGAGACAGCUCAUUCAGGCUUUGCUACAUCUUAUCUCCCCCCAGUGAAGGCCGUACCCCAGCUGCUGAAAUCGCUACUUUCUGGUGGGAAAGAAGAUGAUAAAGACAAGCCAUCUGCCAGUCAGCAGAGUUUGCCGCUCAUCAUGGUGCACUCAGCCAGUGUUGAGGACAAUAUGGGUAAACAUCAGCAGCCGGUCCCAGUAGAAGAAAUAAUUCCUGCCGACACUGAAACAGAGAUCCAGAGAUCCGUCCCCCUCCCACCUCCAAUCAUCCCUGAGACAGAAGACUUCUCCCCAAGCUCAGUGAGCGACACAUCCAGUGGAUACAUGUCCACCAGCAUCUCCACGGCAACACUGUCAGACAUCUACACGCUGAGCUGGGACCUGCCUGCUCCCUCCAGCUCCAGAGGAGGUCCUUUUGAGGCGGUGCCAGAUGAAGAUGAAGAUGAAGAGGAAAAAACUGUGACAAAGGAGCUCUCUCUAGACCAAUCAGAACCUCAGGAAACAAUGUUGAAUUUGAAUAAGGAGGCAGUGGAGAGGAGGGACCAGAAACCAAAUGAUACACCGAGUCACCUAGAGACAAAUCGGUCUUCAUCAGUCCAGCUGAAGGAGGAAGAAGAACCUGAUCCAGGUCUAGGAGAUCAGACUAAAGAAAAUCAGAAUUCAACAACUGGCAAUGCUGGAUCAGAAGCACUGAACAAUUCAGAGACACACACUGAUUCAGUAGUAGAAAAAAACACAGAAUCACGGCAAGAAAGUUCAACAGAAGAUCAACAGGUGGAUAACAGGACCAGGAAGGAGUGUGAACCACCACUCCACAAUGAAACUCAACAAUUUGACCAAGUAGGUGACAGUCGGUUGGAUUUAGAUGUCACACAGCAGUCUGAACAAGACCACACAGGUUCUGAUAAUACCCAAGGUCCUGCUCCAGAACCAAACGGAGACUCUGCUCUUCAAAUUUCACCCCACAAACCAUUGAUUUCUGAAACCUCAGACCCAAUAAGCACCUCAGUUCUGCCCCCAUCCUCAAUCACACAUGAGACCCAACAGGUCACACCUUCUGAUUCUUCUGCCACAGCUCCACCUCCAUUAAAGGUUCAGCCUCCCAAGUCUGGCUCAUCAGCAGCUAAUCCCUUCAAGAUCCAGAAAGUGAAGUCUUCAGACCUGAAGUCUUUUCAGAGGAUGGUGGGUGAGGAGGGGGGCAAGUCUGCGAUGGUGGACCGGGCCAGCAGUCUUGGGGCAGGACUCAACCUCUCAGUGCCAAUGGAAAGUCUGGAAAUUAUCUCAGACUCUGAGGAAGGUGACGAGGCUGCCUCAGCUGUUCUUCCUGACUGGUUGAAAGAGGGCGAGUUUGUGACUGUGGGGACCAACAAGAGCGGUACGGUCCGGUAUGUGGGGCCCACAGACUUUGCAGCAGGUACUUGGGUUGGAGUAGAACUGGAGGUACCGGCAGGAAAAAAUGACGGCUCGGUGGGUGGAAAGCACUACUUCCACUGCAACCCUGGUUAUGGAGUGCUGGUACGCCCUGACAGGGUGGCCCGCGGUGGCGCCAAACGGCGUCGCCAGCAGCAGAAGCGCCAAAGUGCCAACUUGUCCGGAUCCAGCCCAAACCUGGCUGCCCUCACCGCUCUGGCUAAAGGUGAGACGGGGCCAGGCGGGCGCAACAAAGGAGAGAACCGCAAGUCAUGGAACCCCUGAAGUUUAAGGAUGUGACAGUGGAAAACUUCUGAAAAGUGUUGAAUGGCUAAUCAAAGAAUGUGAAUUUUUUUUAUUUUUUAGGUUAGUAUUUUCAGAAAAGCAUUUUUCUACAGGUACUUUAAUUUUUAAAACUUAUUUAUUCCAGCAAGUUUACAAUUAAAACUUCUUUAUCUUGUUGCACGCUCUGCUUGGCAAAACGAUUAGCAUAAGCAGUGAGAUAUUCGGAAUAACACCUCACAUAUUUAGUUUUGAAGCUAGCGCACCAUCCGUGAACUGAAUUUCUUUAUUGUGACUGUGAUCUGAUUCUUGUGCCUUAAAAUACUCUCCUGCUCAACUCAUGUGCCUUAAACGCAACACCUGAAUCUGUGGUAUGGUGUAAAAUAUUCAGCAUGGGGAUUAUUAUUAUUUUGGCUCUUGAAUGUUUGUUUUUUAGUGUUAAACUUGUACACUCAUGAAAUUCUACCAAAUUAUUAAUAAUUUCUAAAUCAUAUUUUAUCUCUUCCUGCUAAGCAUGUGUGUUUUUGUGGUUGUAUGUAAAUCUGUUUUUGAGUGGUGACAUUAAAUAUUACUGUCAAGCUGA